UGUUGUUUUCAAAAUGAUUAUUUUCUUUUUUUGUCUUUCAAUACCCCAUAUCAGGGUGAAAAACGACGCGAUGCCAGCGCGCCAAAUGAAAUUGUAGCAUGUACCACAUGUGGAAGCAGUAAUAGCCCAUGUACCCAUUCGGUCAAUAAUGGAUGCGCCACAGAGACCUGUUUUGUACAGAUGCGCAAAAAGGAGCCGCCACAUCCUAUUCGUGUGGCUAAGACGAUUGAUGUGAUUGCAAGAAUAACAUUUCCAACAGCCUAUGCGAUUUUUCUCAUAUUUUUCUUUGUACACUAUAAGGGAUUUUCAUAAGGCUAAGCUAAAAUCAACAAUUAACAAGCGCUAAAUAAA